AUGCAAUCCAUUGAGGAUCAGAUCGCAGCAGCUACAUCAAAGAUGGGUGACAUCCCAUCGUCACCAUCUCAGUCGACAUCAGCAGCGGCACCAUCUUCGGCACCAGCAUCGGCUCAAUCCCCAAGACCAAUGUCUCCCGCCGAGCCUCUGCCAACGUCGCCAUCCGUCAGUGCACAGUCUACCCAAUCAGCUGUCGCCAGCGCCACUGCUGCCGGCGCGAGCACCACUGUGGUGGCCACACCCGCCGCCGCCACCGCUAAGACUCCCAAGCGCGCCGCCAAGGAUGUCUUGUCUGCACAGAUCCUCAUUGGAAUGAAGAACAUGAUCAACGCCUCAUCAUCCCCUACCCAAUCAUCCACUGCCCUCUCUCCCAACUCACCAUUGUCUGCCCCCUCAUCCCCCUUGCCGAUCCAGGCCCCUCUGUCCCCCUUUAUCUCCAGUGACUCUGAGGGCGCCUUCUCCACCUCCUCCGCCUCUGCUGGCGCAUCGACUGCCACCCACAACAACAACAAGCCAUCCAGCCCCCGAUCCGAUCAUCAACUCCCCUCAUCAUCAAGUAUCAGUCCGAUCCAAACUACUUGUACUUUCAAGGAGUGUCUAAUCUGCAGCCGUGGCACUCCCUUUGUAAAUAACCAAUCUCCCACCUGGGCCUGUAUCAUGCGCAUCGUCUUCUACUGUCUACAACACGAGAUGCCCCAGAAAUCGUUCCUCAACCUCAAGACCGACGUAGAGCUGUCCGCGCUAACACCACUCACCACCCUUCCACCAACACUCUAG